GAAGGUAAGACUCUCCCACUAUUUUCUUUUUUGCAAUACAGUUUCACCGAGGCAGGUAAAAAUUCAAACAAUGAAAAGCAAGUCCCACACACACCUGAUAGCCAUCAGGCCCGAUUGGGCGGCUUAAAAGCGAUGCCGUGCCGGCGUGCGGAGCUGGUGCAGAGCAAGUAGCUUGGAGUCGGUUUGAGUGGCGACGCUCGCUUUGACCCAGGCCGCCUGCACAAAAUGGCUUGUGGAAUUUAUUUGGGGGUUUGUUUGUUUGGGUUGUUUUUUUUUUUGUGUGUGUGUGUGUGCAGGGUCUUGCUGAUUUGCUUACUUCCAGCAGAGCAUGUUCACUGUUUGUGGGCUUCUCAAGAAGCUCAAGGCAAGACAUAUGUUGGCUUUGUGCAAGAUGAAGGCGGCACCGGCAAGCCUCCCCAGAAUCAAUUCAGACAAGCCUCGGCCCAAAGCGGCAGUCGUGGCGGAGUCUCCGAUUUUGGCGACCAACAAUCCAAACUGUCAUCCUAUCUCGGCAGCUACUCGUCACUCAGGGUGGUUCGACGACACCCAUUGGGUGUGUCUGGCAAGAAAGCCGGUCCCCAAAAGCCCCGCCUCUCCACAGCCAUUGCGAGUUCAGGCUCUCUGAGCAGGUUUCAACCGCCCAAGUCCAACCUGGCUGCAGGACUCAAGAAACCAAACGCAGGCCCCCACUCCCGGGGAAAGUCGUCGGGGUUGUUCUUGCCGGGUUACGGCAUGCGCAAGUUCUCUCCCAACAUGCAGACGUCGGCCAACGGCACCGCCACCAAAGUUCUCAUCGGUCAUAAACCCGGACGGCAGCGAAAAAUCUACAGAAGUCACGGCCGGGUGGGGUUCCAAAGUCAACGGCAGCAGGUGACCAGUGUGUCGUCGGACGCGGGUUUCAAUGGGCGACGCUACGCCCCGACACACGUCCUAACGAUCCCCAGCAGAUUCGGUGGCGCCCGCAUCAGGCGCCUGAAGCACACCGCGCCCCAAAAGAGCCGAGGGGUCAAGCUCGCUCCCCGCCUUGCUCACCAAGAGACCAAGUGGGCCAGAGUCAAGCUAAGGCACUGACCGAGCGACAUUUCACUUGAAUGGGAUUUCAAAUUUUUUCCAACGGGAGUGACGAUAGCCAUUUUGGUGUUUGGAAAAUAAAAAUGGGUACUUGA